AUGAGGGACCUGUUGGACCAGAAAACAUUUGGUAGCGAUCACGAAGUUACCAACCCUUUUUCAUUUAUCGCGCAUGCGAAAAAAUAUCUUGACCAGCACAGUGUAAACUUUGAAGAGGACGAAAGUGGAAAUAUAUGCUGUUCAUCAUGGAUGCUCGGAAGCGAAAGAAUUCCUCUUUUCGGAUUAACUAUAUUCAAAGCAAAUGGACUUCUGCGAAGAAAAUCAACAGACGCGAAGUACCGCUCAGUUGAAAAGAAGUUCGGAACGUGGGACCUAUCAGAUCUGAGGGUUGAAGAGCUUGCGAAGAAGUCAACUUCAUGA